UGUAAGUUGGUAACAUACCCAGUGCAUUGCUUACCAGCCUUUUAACAUCUCUUUAUUUUAUAACGCGUUAUCACUGUCAAUGAUUACGAGUAAUCCUUCACUGCAAAGUUUUCGGUAAAUACGUUGCAGAAUUGUGCCAAGCUUGUCAAAUUGCCUGAUUUGUGAUGACAGCCGGUUUCCAUUUUUGCCUAUUUGGGACAGAUUACCGAAUUGGAAAAAAACUACUUAAACUAUGCUUGAUACCAACAUCUAUGACUACCAAACCUCUGCUACGCAAGGAUUAAAUUCUUCCUUUGAUAGUCUCUUUAACUCUGCCUCCAGCUCCUCUUUCGGUCACGAUCCUCUUGUAGCUGAAGUGCAAUCUCUUAAGCAUGAAGUUAUGGAAAUGAAGAACACCAUUACAGAGUUAAAAGAAAUGAUUAAACACAUGGCUGGUCACUCACGGGUUGCUGGUAAGAUAAUUUUAAAGAAAGAAAUACCUCAUACAAUGCUAAUUCGGUUCCAAGGUAUGUCUGGUUCUACUGAUCAAGAAGGCAACAAGGAAUUAAGAAACCUACUCAGCAGUAUCUACACCGAGGAGAAGAAAAAGGCUUUGUUGAAGAACCCCAAUCAUUUAGGCCAACGUGUUAAAGAUAAACCCGUAGGUAUCUCUGCAAAGAACCAGGUCAUUGAGGCCUCAAAAGCCUACUUCAAAAGCGACGACAAUAUAUUGGAAGGUGGUCCUAUUUCAUUGAAUGACAGCGAACUGGAACGUCGAUACGAUUUGGCAUACACCGCGAUGAAAAAUUUCGUAACCGUUUACGUCCUUCCUCAGUUUACGCUGUAUUCAGGUUUUACUUGGAUGAAAAUCGGGUUUGAACAACGGGAAUUGUUCGCAUUGAUCGCUGAUGAUCAUUUGUUCCAUUACCUUGGAGCUGAUAACUGUCUGCCUCUCUUUGCUUUUUCCAAAAGUUGGGGAUCUAAAAACAUUUUGGUUGCUGCAGUCAGAAACCGCGUAAAGUCAAUUUUCAAGACGAAGAUCCGUCCUGGAGCCUCGACAAUCGCUAAUGAAAUAGAGGAGAGUGAAGACGAAUUGGCAGGAGAUAUCAAUACGAGUGUUUAUGCAAACGAAGGUGACAAUAUCGAGACGUUAGACUGUGACGAGAGUGAAGAGAGUGACGAGGGUGAGGAUGAAGGGGAGGAUGAAGGGGAGGAAGAAAAAAGAAUGGCUAGAGAAAUCAAAGCUCUAGCCCAGAGAACUAGAGAGCGUGAGUUUGCUUUGGAGCAAGGCUAAGCUGCGUAGAAGUGUCACUUCUAGUGAUAACAAUAAGAGUCCUGUUACCAAGAAGCCGCGUAAACAAAAAAAUCAUCUGCCUCCA